AUGGCGUCAACAAAGCUACCCCUUCGUUACCGAGAUCCAAUAUACCAGGAGACUCAUCAAUCGGUGUUCCAGGGCUCUCUGACCAAGUCACUGAAAGAGGUGCUACCCCCGGGAGUUAGCCGUGAGGAUUUUAAACUCGCGAUCGAAGAAUUUGUCUCCGCACUGGGCUCGGAUGGAGUUGUGAUUGGUGAAGCCUUGUCAGACUAUGUUGAUCCAUACGAGCUCUACGAAGACAAAGAUUCGGAGCGCAAGGUUGCCAGUGCAGCUGUUCUACCUCAGUCGGUUGAAGAGCUACAGUCGAUUUUGAAAAUCGCCAAUAAAUACGUGAUUCCACUUUGGACAUUCUCGCGGGGAAAGAAUCUUGGAUAUGGCGGGCCCGCGCCUCGACUUUCUGGAUCAGUUGCAGUGGACCUCCAUCGCAUGAAUCGCAUCAUCGAGGUCAAUGACAAGUAUUCAUACGCUGUGGUUGAGCCAGGUGUGACAUUCACCGAUCUGUACAACUAUUGUGUCGAAAACAAGCUAUCUGUAUGGCCAAGUGUUCCCUCUCUUGGCUGGGGUAGUGUUGUUGGAAAUACACUUGAUCGCGGCACCGGAUUUACUCCAACCGCAACCCAUCACCAGAAUAUCGCUGGACUGGAGGUUGUCUUGGCAGACGGAGAUGUCAUUAGGACUGGGCAAUUCGCGAUUUCGAAUUCCAAGUCUGCUCACCUGAGCAAGUUCUCUUUUGGCCCAUCAAUUGAAGGUUUGUUCCUCCAGAGCAAUCUCGGUAUUACGACUAAGAUGGGCAUCUGGCUGUAUCCUCAACCAUCGGCGUACGCGUCAUGCACAUUGGACGUACCAAAUUUGGAAGACGUAGUACACAUUGUCGACCUGUUCAAUGAGCUUCGCCAAAAUGGUGUUGUUCCUAACACAGUUUACGUCUCUUCUUUGUCAGAGUUCAUCGCGAUGUCAGGUACGCGCGAGAAGUUCUGGUCUAAAGAAGGCCCGAUCCCGCUUUGGCGCCUUCAAGAGCUGCAGAAGGAAUUGAAUUUGGGAUUCUGGAACGCCAAGUUCGGUCUCUACGGUCCUCUUGAGGUGGUAGAAGGUCAUGUCAAGGCAGUGGAGCGUUUGGUCGCGGAAAGGAUCCCCAUGGGACGAUUCCGUAGCCAGAUCUUUAGUGGGGAAAACGGAGAACCUCUCCAAGCUGAGAUGGUACCACCUGAGGAAGGGGGUUUCUUCGUCGGGGUCCCGUCACUGUGGAGCUUGCCUAUGGUCAAAUAUCGCACCCCCGAGAAUGGUAAAGGUAUUGGUGGCCACAUUGACUAUUCCCCUAUCAUUCCUAGCUCAGGUAAAGCUGUCUUGGAAUGGGCGAUAACCUCUCAGAAAAUUUGUGAAGAAAAUGGCUUUGACCUAUUCUGCGAUUUUUUCAUGCACGAACGACAUAUCAUCUUUGUCAACUUCAUGACUUUCGACAAGACUAAUUUCAGUCAUCGCGAUUCCAUGAAAAUUAUCUUCCGUCAACUGUUCAAGGAAGCCAAGUCUCGCGGCUACAGCGCCUAUAGAUCCCAUGUGAACUUUAUGGACGCUGUCGCUGACUUCUACGACUUCAAUAACCAUGCUUAUCGUCGCUUUGUGGAACAACUGAAGGAUACCGUGGACCGCCAAAGUAUCCUCUCCCCGGGCAAGCAGGGAAUAUGGGGCCGAAGAUUCCGACAGAACAGUAACAAGGUCAAAGGACUCCUUUGA